AUGUCAGAUGAAAAGCGUAAGGAGUUGUGGGACGAUAUCUGCAUUAGAGUUUUGAGCAAAUAUCCGGCUGCAACGGUCACUCCGGACUCACUGAAGUCGUUAUGGCGCACAGCACUCUGGAAAGUUAAAAGGAACAGAUCAUUUCUACAAGAGUACGUGACACGACUCGAUAAUGGUCUCGUUGCUGACGAUGGCAUUACAUCCUCGUUCAGUGAUAUUGAAAUACAAAUGUUUCGUUGGUUGUAUGAGAACAUGGCUCUUCAGCCGAGUGCUUAUCUCGCCGAAAAUUGGACAUCCCAAUCAACAUAUCCGGUGUCUCGCUCUGAUGCAGCGAAUGAUGUCAAUGACCUGUCAGCAUUUCAACGUUCGAAUUCAUCUUGUAGUGUUGCGGAAAGCGGUGAUUCGAUAACGCUAAUUGAGGAUGAUUCAAGACAAUCGCAUACGACCAAUGCGGCACCGUCUGUUGUUCCUCCCCAUUGUCAGUUUAAUUCAGUAGCAGAUGCCAUUCAACCAGGCGGUAAGCAAAUCAAUGCAGAGUUGCUUAUAACACAGAUUUCAGAGAGGUCUAAUGAAUGGAGUUCGUCUGAAUGCGACACACUAAUUAGAUUGGUCAUUAGUAAUAGGGAAGGUCUUUUUGGUGAGACGUUACCGUGUGAUUUCAUUGGUUUAAAUGCAGAUCGAAUUGAUGUGUGGAAUGAGGUUCACAGAAAAAUUUCCGUCGAGGAACGAGACUGUGAAAUCACUGCAUCAUUUAUGGGUGUUAUGCGUCAACAAAAUCGAGCGCUGCUUGCAUCAACAUUCAAGACGAACACAUCACAAAACGCUGAUUUAAACAUGGCGACGAUCUCAGCACCUGAACAGCCAACAACACAACUUUCAUGGAUGUUCACUCAUUCAGAUGUUACAAAUCUCAAUGACUUUCCUCCGAAUAAUUCGUCAGAUAAGGAUAUUCUCGUAACAGCCCCACCAAAUUCACUCAGCGUACCAGUUCCAGCAUUACCACAACAAUCAUCCCUGCAUCUGUUGCAUUCUCGACUUAUGCAGGUCAGCGAAGUAGAGCAAAUCAAAGAAGAGAAUAUGCGAUUGAGAAGAGAGAGUGAGCGAUUGCGCAGUGAAAACGAGCGGUUGAAAAGUGAAAAAUCAGAGUUUAUUGGAUCGUUGUCGCGGUAUUUAUCCGAGGUACCGUUCACACAUUCAUUCUUGAGAGAAUAG